AUGCAAAAUUAUCUUAAGUUUUGGCAAGAAUUACUUGAGCAAUCACCUUUAGCUUAAAAUCUAAUAGUUAAGGGUAGUUAUGUUUUGCAACAGAGUGAAGCUAUAAAAAAUUAGUUUGAAUAAUUAAAGCAACAAGUUAGUAUUAAUUAAUCUGCCUUUCGCUAUUUCUAAACUUUUUGCCUAAAUUUUUUGGAAGAUAAAGAGCUCUUUUAAACUUUGCAGAGACAAGAUUAAGAUCAAAACUACAGAAUGGAAGAUGAUGAUUUAAAUAAUUUAUAAGAAGAAGAAUUUUAUACUCAAGGAACCAUUAUGAUAAGCUCAUAAGAAGAAAGCUUUGCAAACAUAAUUGAAGUUAACAGUGAAAUGCUAAGAAUAAUAGGAUUUCCAAAAUCUUAAGUCUAAUCUAAAAAUGUUUCUUUUUUAAUUCCUAGCAUCUGGCAGCAAUAUCAUAAUCAAUUUAUUGACUAAUUUCUAGCUACAGGGAAAAAAAAAUUGAUAGGUAAAAAAAGGGAUUUAUUUAUAAAGAGUAAACAGGAUUAUUCAAUUCCAAUUAAGUUGGUUCUUAAGAGUAUUCCUUCACAUACUUAAGGCUUAUUAUUUUAAGCAUCGAUUAUUGCUUAAAAUUUACUCUAUGAUUAUCCAGCUUUUAUAAUAACAAAAGUUAAUGGGUAGAUUGAAAGUAUUUCUCCAAGUGUAGUUGCUAUGUUUAAUAUUGAUAUGAAAAAGAUUAAGUAAGGCAUGUACAUUGAAAAAAUAAUUCCUAAUUUUUGGGAAUACAUCUUUGAAUUUCAACAGAAACAGGGAAAAGAGCUCAUUUUAAAGACUUACUAAAUGAAGAUGAUGAAAGAAUCUAAAGUCAAGAUAAAUGUUGAACAAAUAAGAUUUAUGAAUUUGGGUUCUUAAGGUUACAUAAUUAAUAUAAAAUUAUCUAAAAAUGAUUUAAAGGACCAAUUUUCUCUUUAAAAAACAAAAAAUUAAGAUUAGUGUUUAUUAAAAAAGCAACCUACAUUGAAUCAAUUUCACAAAGAUUAAAAUAAUAAUCUAUCUCAAACUGAUGAUUAAAGCCCAAGAAAUUUAAAUGAGUUUUCAUUUUAAAAUGAAGACUCUAUUUUCAAACAAAAUGAGAACAAUUCUUUCGAAGCCAAGCCAAAGCGAAUGAGCUCUAAUAGUUAGAAAUAAAUUGGUUAAAUGGAGAUAUUUUAUGAUAUAAGAACAAAUUCUUAUUUAGGUACUAUGGUUGCUGUAUCAAAGCAAAAUUACCAAGAAGAUGAAUCAGAUACAGUCUCAAAGAAACUACAAAAAUCAAAAUUUAGUCAAAACUAAGUCAAAAAAGAAAAAUAAAUAUCAACACUAAAUAGCUAAAGCUAGAGAAACUAAUUUAUAAGUAAUUUAUAUCCAUAUAUUUAUACCUCUGAAAGAAGUUAAGAGGAAAGAAUUUAGGACAUCUUAGAAAAUAAUAAAGAUCAAAAGAAAAAAAUGGAUGUAGCUGAUAACGAAGUAUACAAAAUUUUAGAAAAUCUUAUAAAAAUGGAAUACAAUAAGUGUAAAAAAAUAGAAAAAAAAUCUUCAAAAUCAUAAAAAAAGUCAGAGCAAGUUGAUAAUAAUGAAAUUAAAAUUAUUCCUUAGGUAUAUUUAAAGCAUUAUGAAGUUAUUUAAAACUAAGAAGAAUAUAAGAAUCACAUAGAGCAAUAUAUAUUCAAAAAAAAUUAAAUGAGAAACAGCAUAAAUGAUGAAAAAGAAUAGAACGUAAAGAUUUAUAAAGACUAUGGUGAAAAUAUAAAAACAUUAAGGUUAGAACAAAAUAAAAUGAUUGAUGUCAAGUUAGCAAAUGAAAACGAAGAGCAAAUUAGUGAAAAUUCUAACUAAAAUCUAGAAAAUAAUUAAUAAAUGUUAUAAUUUGAAAAUACAGAAGCAGAAUAUCAAAAAGAAAUAGAUGAAAUUGUAGGCUCUAAAAAGAAUAUAAAAUCUUUCAUGAAAGACAGCAAUUUUAAUAUUAAUAGUAGCUUGUUUAACUACAAAAAAAUAUUUUCAUUUUUAUUUUUAGUGUUUGAAAUAGUUUACAUCAGUUUAUCAUUGAUCCUUUAUUAGCAGCAAGUAAAUAAUACAAUAAUUAGAUUUCAGAUGUAUAAUGUCACACAUUUAUACUUCGCAAACACUUAGCACAUUAUAGAGGGAGCUUUCAAUAUGUUUGCAAUUGAUAAAGGAUCAUAUUACAAUUAUGAAAACAUGGAUUAUAAGACUUAAGAAUAUUUCUUUUAAAAAUAUCUUGAAUCAGAAACCAUUUACUAGUUUGCUUUAGAUGAGAUAUUGACAAAAUUAUAUUUAAAUAAUGUGGGAGUAACUUAAUAAAUGUAAGAUUUAUUUAUCAAUAACAGAAAUAUGGAUCUGUUAAUUCAUUUCAACCAUCGUUAAACAAUUGUAUAUCCUAAUAAUCUUUAUUAAGCAUCUUAAUAAGUUUUGGCUAAGGUCUAUCACUUCAAGAGAGUACCACUUGGAUAAUUUGAUUUGCACAACAAUGAUAUUUUUAUAAAUCUAGAAAACUUCUCAAAUUAACUGUUGAAUUAAAUAAUUUAAUAUAGAGACUUACAAGAAUAAGAAAUUUUUAGCUAUUUAAAAUCUGUUUAAACUUAUUUACAAGAUAUUCUUUUUAUAGGAUUAAUUUUCAUUUUAGCUUAUUUUGUUGUAGUAUUUGUCCUUUACUUAAAAACUCUUUUUUACUAUUAUGAAGUUCCUUCAAUUUUAACCACAAUUCCACUUUCAUAAGUCAGACAUUAAGUUAAAAGAAUUGAACAAUUUUUAAGUACAUCAACAUUAGAAGAAGAGGAAACUGCUUUAAAUGAGAUGAAUUAAGAACAAAAAAAUUAAGAUUUACCUAAUAAAUUAGAGAAUCUUAACGAGAACGAAAAUUAAAAUCAUUAAGAAUAAAUUUUGAUACAAAAUUCUAACUAAUAAGACAAUAAUAGUGUCAAAUCUGAGAGAUCUAAUUUACAUUAAAGAGGCGAAAAACAUGCAUAAAAAUAAGAAGAAUCUAACACUAACACUGAAACAGCAUUUAACUUAAGAGGCAUUUCAAGUUAGAAUGUAAGACCAAUAAAAUACAGUCUACUAAAUAUUUUGCUACUAAUGCCAUUCUUUUUAUAGAUAAUCUUGUUUUCUACUUUUAUAGCUGUUGAAACCAGUUUAACUUAAAAUUUUACAACUAACUUGUAAAAUUUUUAUUCAGAACUUGCUUUCAGCGUAAAACUAGAGCCAAACUUUAUGCUCUUGUUUAACUGUUUAAAAAGCCAAACAAUGGCUAAUAACUAUAUUGGAGUCAGAUAGGUUUAUGAACCAAUAGUUUAUUUCAAUCGAAAUAUUAACUAUAUGUAUGAUUUAAUGGAUAAUUUAACUUACAUUCACUAUAAUAACUAUAAUAAUUUGCCAUCUUCUUAUUAGACUUAGUUUGAUUCAUAUUUCUCUAAAAAUCCAAGCAUUUGUGACCAACUCUUUUAAAAGUAUCCAUAAAAUAUUAACUUAACUGAGUGUAGCAGUUUUUUGAAUGGAAAAUUUAACGAAGGAAUGAACAUAAACAUAUAACAUUUAAUAACAUAAAUGAUAGGCUAUUCUUAAACUAUAACAAGCGGUGGCAUUUAAUUACCAUACAAAUAAUCUAUGAACUCAUAAAUGUAUGAAGUCUAAACAAUAUGCAUAUUAGGUAUUUGUAGAAUUAGAGCAGUGAGCCAAACAAGAUCCUAAGUUUAGUGCUCUUUAUUCACCAUUUGA